AUGGCGCUGUUGAACAUUCACUCAGCGUUGGCAUCGAUCAGUCCCAUUCAGACCUCAGAUAUCACCCUCGUGAGGUUUGUACUGGUAGGCAUUGUUGGAGCACUCCUGCUAUCUAGCGCCACAAGCUUCCUCAAGGACAGGAGAGCUAUUCCUAAAGGUUCCAAGCCACUACCAGGUCCCAAAGGCUGGCCGAUAGUCGGCAAUGCAUUGUCAAUCCCCAAGUCCCACGCGUGGUUCAAAUUCAAAGAAUGGGGAGACCAAUAUGGACCAAUCUAUCAAGUACGCGCAUUCGGGACCACUUUGGUGAUUAUCUCGAAGGAAUCUAUCGCAAACGAGCUCCUCAGCCUCCGUGGCGUGAUCUACUCCGACCGCCCGGCGCUGAUCAUGCCCGGACUUAUUUCAGACAAUGGAUUUCUCGGUGCCUCCGGGUGGAAUGACUACUGGCGACGAGCGAGGCGUUUCACGCAGUCGAUGCUGAGCACCAACAUCAUUCAGCAGUCAAUUCCGAAGCAGACGCUCGAGGCUAGGCAGAUGGUCGUUGAUCUGGCGAGGGAUUCUGCAGAGUACACGUACUGGCUGGAGCGCGCCGGCGUCAUGGUCUCCAUGAAGCAGAUCUACGGAGUGAGUGAAGAACGUGGAGCCGCGGAGAAGAAACAUGUGGAAGGGAUAUGCGGUUUCAUGGAGAAUAUCGAGCGUGUUGCUAUUCCAGGAGCGUAUUUGGUGGAAUUUCUUCCCUGGCUGAUGAAUCUCCCAACGUGGCUCGCACCGUUCAAGAAAGAGGCGCAGCGGCUGGUGAAGGGCCACUGGGAUUACCUCGCACCACUCGUGCAGUCAGAGAAGUCCGCAGACACACGGUCUGGCCAGCCCGAAAGCUUCUCUCAGAAGUUCUCAAAGAGUAAGCAAGACUGGAACCUGGACGACCGCGAGAUCGUUUGGGCUCUGGCGAGCAUCUACGGUGGUGCAGCGGGGACAUCCUCCACGGCGAUGCAAUCACUCAUUCUCAAUAUGUGUCUAUUCCCGGAGUGGCAAGGCCGGAUACAAGAGGAGAUAGAACGUGUUGUCGGCGGCGACCGACCACCAGACUACAACGACUCUAGCAGUCUGCCCACGAUCCGGGCCGUAAUCAAGGAAACGUUACGGUGGAGACCGGUUCUUUCAGGAGGAUUCCCGCACUCAGUGACCAAAGACGACACUUACGAGGGCUACCAUAUCCCCAAAGGCGCAGUGAUCAUCCCGAACCAAUGGGCCAUCCUCCGUGACGAAGAACAAUACCCAGACGCCGAAUCAUUCAAGCCCGAGAGAUGGCUGCAGCCGGAAUACUCGACCUACCAAGAACCACUUACAAUAUAUCCGAACCUGAAAAGAUUCGCUGCGUUCGGCCACGGCCGCCGGAUCUGCCCGGGCUUGGAAGUCUCGGAGAAGGCACUCUUCCUGCAGUUCUCGAGCUUGCUCUGGGCGUGUAAUAUCAAGCGGGCGAGGGAUGCUGAUGGCAAGGAGGUCGAGGUACCUUUCUACGAUUACACGGGCGUGUCGGUCUCCACGCCGCGGAAGUUCCAGUUUGUGGUUGAGGAGCGGAAGGAGGGGCGGCUGAAGAUGAUGAGGGAUGUGGCGCUGUCGGAGCAUUUGGAUGAGUUGGCGGCGGUGAGGGCUUCGUAG